AUGAUUCAGUACAUAGCGGAUAUCGUCGGAGAGAAACAGUUGGUCGAGUUGUUGAAAAAUGGACAUCAGAUAUUACCGGAUUAUCAGCUCCUCGAUGACGUAUUCGGUGACGUCACUGUGGAGAAGUUGAACAGUCUUGCCGCGGUUAUCAGUCAUUGGUCACAAAACAGUAACACGCCAGAAAUGACAGAAUAUCGACUUCGCCAAAAAAUGGCGACGCACGCAAAAUCCUGUGAGUGUGAGAAAGAGCAGCGCUUUCCCCUGAAUGACGCCAUGGGCGAGAGAAGAAGGGAAGAAUCGUUGCUGUGGAAACGGAGGCAAAGAAGGUACCAGGAACCCCUGACAAUGUGUAAGUCGAUGUCCCCUCUAAGUUACAUCGGCAGCGGGAUCGUCGUAGAACCAAUGCAAAUUGUCAGAAUUGUCGGUUUGAAGUUAGACCCAAUUGUUAGCACGCCCUUUUUCGAGCAAGCAUUGAACGAGUUUGCAAUAAGCAUACGGUCCAAAUAUGGUCUGGGAAAACUUUUGGUGCACGGAAGAGUUGAUCGUCUGCUACAGUAUGCUAAUUUCAGCAUAGUCGGGAACAACACCAGAGAAAUUAGUAUGACCGCAGACAAAACGAUUACAGUGAAUUUUUUGUUAGACAACUUGAUGUACAAAAGUACGUAUUACGAUAUUGAUAUCCGGGAUAUUAUCGAGGUGACAUUUAUGCGUUUUACCGCGCAGGUGCACGUACAUAUUCGGCGCCAAAUCAUGCCGGAUUUGUACGAUGUGGGUACGGGGGAAAAACUGAGAGAUAAAGUCACUGUCAUUACGAAAACGUUCGAACGCUACGAAGCUGUGAAUCGAUUGGUGGACAGCAUAAACCGGUUCUAUCCAGAUGUGAAUAUCGUCGUUGCCGAUGACUCAGAGGAACCGGAAAAAAUCACGGGCCAGAAUGUGAAACAGACAUUUAUGCCUUUUGCAGAAGGUUUAUUUGCUGGCAGAGGGGUCGCCCUCAGCCAAGUGACGACAAAGUAUUUUUUGUGGGUUGACGAUGACUUUAUUUUCACCAAACAAACUAAACUGGAACGUAUGGUUGAGAAACUCGACGACUUCCCUUCGAAUCUUGACCUCGUUGGGGGCACGGUGAACAACAACAGUUACAACAAGUGCUUCACAGUGAAACCCGGUGGCCAAGAUGGCGACUGUCUGUGGUCCAUUCAUGCCAGAUACCGGCCAUUGGAGAGAUUUCCGCAAUGUGACGUUGUUGACGUCGUUGUCGACUUCUUCAUGGCAAAAACUUCGGUCGUUCGACAAAUCGGUUUCGACCCGGAGUAUCGACGAAUUGGCCAUACAGCAUUUUUCAUCGACGGACUGGGUAAAAUGCGUGUCGCCAUGUGUCGUGACGUUGAUGUAGACCAUCAGCCAGUGCGUACCGCCAAAUAUAUGCAAUACAGGGCAAGACUCAUUGACAAAGACGACCCUAGACGACAUACAAACCACCUAAUGUUCAACAAUAACUUACAAUGUGUUUGA